AUGGAAGCAGAUACUUUGGAAAGGGGACGUUUUACUCGUACAUCUACAUUUAAAAUAGAAAAGGUAUCUUAUAUCCCUCAAACCGAUGCAGCGGUGAUUCUACAUCAUGAAAAGUCAUUGUUAUCCUGUGUCUAUCAUUGUCAAAGUCUUGAGCUGGCAUCGUCAUAUUUCAAUGAGAAUAACUCCACAUGUUAUUGUAGUACUGUUGAUGAUAACAAUAAAGAUAACUAUGAGAAUGUAGACGCAGACAUAACCCAUGGAAUAAGAACUGAAAUGAUGUCGAUAGCUUACAUUCAAGAAGGCAGUCAAAAAGUAAAAAGAAUACAUACACACCCAGAGCCCUUUGAUUGCCUUGCUCUUUACCAACAAGGCUAUACCGAGGACGGUGUUUAUGUCAUUAAACCAACUGGAAGUUCUGCUACUGAUGUGUGGUGUGAUAUGACCAAUGGUGGAUGGACGGUUAUGCAACGCCGGCAAGACGGAUCUGAAGAUUUCUACAGAAAUUGGGAUGAAUACAAACAUGGAUUUGGGAAUUGGAGUGGCGAAUAUUGGCUUGCACUUGAAAACAUUUAUCAUUUGACAAGUAACGACAGUUCACUGCACAUAUACAUGGAAACAUUCAAAACUCACAAUAUGAAUCCGUUUUCUGCUUUUGCUGAAUAUUCCAUCUUCAAGAUUAAUGACGAGAGUGACAAAUACAGAUUGACGGUUGCAGGGUAUCACGGAUCGUGCUACAAUUCCUUAUUGUAUCAUAAUAAUUGUCAAUUUACAACAAAAGACAAUGACAAUGAUAAUGUGGAUGACAAUAAUUGUGCAGUGGCAUAUAGCGGAGCUUGGUGGUACAAACACUGUCAUCACGUAAAUCUUAAUGGAUAUUACCUAAACGGAACAAACACUGAAUUUGGUCGGGGGAUUAUUUGGCUCAACUGCUGGAGUCAUUAUAACUCUCUCAAAAUUUCUGAAAUGAAAACUAGGAGAAACAAUUAA